AUGCCUAUAACGAGUGAAAUCUAUCAGGAGUUACUUGACUUUGAGGAAAGAUACCACAAAGGAUCUGAGAAGUACGAUGUUAUAUAAAAAUUAAUCGAUUUGUAUGCUUUGUUGAUUGAACAUUAUGACAGUAUUUAAGAUCCAGUUGGGUAUUAUUUCAAUGAGAAACUGUAAUCGUUGUUUGCUUGUCAAAGAGCCCUGAAGAGCAUUCGUAAGACAAACUAAGAUUAGCCUCCAUCAAUGCCUACUCACACACAAAGUCUAAUUGUACAAGAGAUUAACAUCAAUCAAAACAGUCAAGAAAGUGCAAAGGGAAAGUAAACAUUAUGUGUGGAAUAAAAAAAGAAAGAACGUUAAACAAAGGCAAAGAUUGCCAUGGAAAUAUAAGAUAAGAUUGAGGGCAGUUAAAAUGAUUUGUAGCAUCUAAUAAGUGGAUAUCAAAAGGCUUCAGAUUAAACAUAAAAAGUGAUUGAGGAGGAUCUUAAGCGAUAAGAUGAUCUAUUUCUGUAGAGGAGACUUAAAAGAGAGAAAACAAAUUUAAUGAGAAAAUCAAGUAGAAUGUGUUCGACCAAAUGUAGUACUGAAAGAUUAGACCUGUUUGAGAGUUGUAUUGAAUUUUCAAGCGGAGGAGUGGAUUAGAUUUAGGAGAUUAAUAAUGCUCGAUUGAUGUUGCUUCUUAAAGAAUAAUCUGGCAAAAUUAGUUCUGAAAAGACUAAUCCCAUAGCACCAGAAUAAGUAGAGGAAGUGUAACCUUUUGAAGAGAUACAAAUAGAGGAAAUGGAUGACACUGAAACAAUAAUUCCACCAAGGAGAUAGAUAAGAGAGUCGUCAUCUGAAGAUGUUACUGAUACUCCACCUCAGCCAAGACGAAAAGUGUAAUAAUUUGGAAUGCUGGAUAAUAAUGGUGAUUUGUUGUUAAUCGAAGAUGAAUAGAACUUAAUAAGUGACUUAAAUAUUGAGUUAAAUUGAAUUAGUCAGGCUUGAAUUAAUAUAUUUGCAUUAAGAUUAUAUCUAAUUGUCAUCAA